AUGGCUGUGUUCGAUGAGGGGUUCCAGCGGCGGCUUGCCAGUCAAUCGUGGGCUCUCUAUGGCGUUGGGAUAUUCAUAAUCUUUUUCAGAAUAUUUGCACGGGUGCACCGGGUGGGGUUUAGGGAGUUGGCAGCGGAUGACUACCUCAUGCUCCUGGCGGCGGCAUGGUAUACUGUACUGGUCGUCUGCUUGAACGUCAUUGCUGGAGGCGGUGGAAGCAACCUGUUUCUCCCCGAGGACUACGCCUUUUUCACCAAAGAAGACAUUGAAAACCGAAUUGCGGGUUCAAAAGUGGUGGUCGUGUCGGAGCAGGGCAUGCUCAAUGUCAUCUACACGCUCAAGAUAUGUCUCUUGAUCAUGUACGGCCGCCUGACAACAGGGGUCGCCCAGUACCGGCUCGUCAAGUUCCUCUUCAUCUACGUGGGGAUUGGAUGGGUGGCUACAGAGGUCACCUUCUUCACGGCUUGCAGGCCCUUCAGCGGGUAUUGGGCAAUGCCGCCUCCUAGCCCUCAGUGCGCCACACUGCAGUAUUACGCGAUUGUCCAGGCUUGCUUCAACCUGUCCAGCGACGUCGGCAUUCUGAUCAUCCCGAUUCCCAUGAUCACCAAGCUAAACAUGCCGCUCCGGCAAAGGCUGAUUCUCGGGGUCGUCUUCAGCAUGGGCAUAUUUGUCAUCCUUGCGGCAAUUCUCACAAAGGUAUACAACCUUUCGGACGUCUACGACACGUCGUACAUGCUGUGGUACACACGCGAAGCAUCAGUUGCCGUGUACGUGGCCAACCUGCCCAUGAUCUGGCCUCUCCUCCGCGAGUGGUUCCCGUGCUUGCGGAAGCUCUCGACGGGCAAGAACUACGCGGCGGAACGACGGCCGUCUGCAUACUAUGGGGAUGGGACACGGCUCCGCAGCAGGCCCGGCUCUCAGCCCCACCGCACAACGCUCCGCGACCUCAAACUCUCCAGCCACUUACACACGUUUCCAAAAGCGAAUUCGGCAGACGCGUUCGCCAAAGGCGACGUGGAGCUGGGCAUCAAGAGCGUCGGGACGAUGCGCAGCGGCAGUCCGGCGAGCUCCGAGUUGGCGCUGAACCCUGGGGAUAUCCGCGCCGACGUUACGAUUGAAGUGGCGCGCGAAAGCACCGAGGACAUCGGCCGGAAUGGGCAGAGUGGUGGCAGGCAGGCAACGGGAAUGAGCAAGGGCGAUGCGCUGACGUGGACACAUGCCACGGCCACGGGGCCCAUGACCGAGACCAGCAUCAGCGGGCCGGAACGGUUUGAGAGAUGA